GUGUCCUUCACCUCCACAGGUUCAUAUCCAUCGCACUCAAUUGUAACUAUACUGCGGAUGCGAAUUCUCUCAACCUCGUAACAAGAUAAGGGGAAACUUGUUUUUCACUUGAAGGAGCCUCUUAGCGUUAUCUGUAGUAUUACGUCAAAAUGACCAAGGUCAUCUCUGCCCCAGAAGAUGACCUGAGAACCGUCGUCGAGAGUCGAACUCGGGAAUGGCACUUCCAUAUUUAUUUCUUGCUCCAGUCACCAGCUGAGACCGCGGCAGCACUCGCUCUUCGUGAUGCCGUCCUGCGACUACGCCGUGAUGGCGCAUUCGUCGCUGUCCCUCUGUUCAGAGUCAAUAAAUCUCCCAUGGGACCCCAUCCAGCUGGAUCGUACGAGAUCUGGGUUCCCGACUCGUCAUUCUCGGAUGUCUACUUCUAUUUGGCUUCAAAUCGAGGCAACCUAAGCAUCCUCAUCCACCCUCUGACCGCAAAUCAACGUCAAGACCACGAUAAUCGCGCAGGGUGGUUGGGCAAACCGUGGCCAAUCUACUUAGACAUUUUGCCUCGCGAAGGCGAUAUUCCGCUUCAGUAUCCCGAAUUAGGACUUGGUUGGUCUACGUCACCAAAACAAGAGAUCUCCUAUGAGGAGAGGCGUAGAAGGGGAGCGGAGGUCGAAGCUUUGUUGGCUGAUAAUUCAGAGGCUGCUCCUGCUCCUGCUCCUUAGGAUUGAAGACUGCAUGAUGCAUGACCUACCAAGCUUGGUGCAGGCUAUUGGAAUCAAGCGAGCUACUUGAUCGUUAAAGACAUGGCUACGACUCUAACUCAUAAUAAGCAACACGAUCGAAGCUUUCAAAUCUUACAAACACAGAAUGUCCGAAGAGUUUGUAUAUCUUUAUAAACACGUCAGGCUUCUUUCAAGUCAUUUCAAG